CCAAGCGCCAUUUAUUGCAAAAAGCUUUUGCCGUUUGGCGCGUGGGGUCUUCACACACAGUUUGCUGUGAAAAUCCAUUGAAGCCGGUUGUGUCUGCGCGUGGCCCCGAAUAAAAACUCAAAAAACGGAAUUUAAUAACGAAAUUAGACGGCAAGCGAAACAAAACAAAAUACAGAGCAGAGCAGGCCAAAGCCAUAAAAAACAUUAAAAAAAAAAACUCAAAAAAAAAAAAACAUGGACAAACAAAAAAAAGGCAAUUGAAGACAAAAUACAUUAAUACAAUGACGUUUUAUUUUUGGAUCAGUUGAACUCUUUGCAAAUAAAUAAAGAGUUUCAGUGCGGCUUUAAAGCGUGUCUUAAGCGACAACAAACAAUCGAACGUUUUGAUUCGAACAUAAUAGUGCGGUAUUCUGUGGCUAUACAAUAUAUAUUUUGUUCACGUGUGAAAUGGCCAAGUUUAGCACUAUUUUUUGUUGCCUCGUUGUGUUCUGGAUUGGACUGGACGGUGUUUUGGCGAUACCCAUUCUGGAAAUCGACACGAACAAAUGCCAGAGCUGUCCGGAGAAGCGGCCCGAAUGUGAACCGGAUCAGGUGCUCGUUGAGGUCGUGCGCGGCACCGGAGAGCCGGGCAGCUGUUGUUCGCGCUACCAGUGCGUCAGCGAAAUGCCCGUCUGCGAUCGUUCGAAUCCCAUUCGAUACUAUCCGAACGCGUGCAUUGAGUGCAAGACCUGCUCCAUCUGCCUGUCCAUCUGUCCAUCGAACGAGUCGGAGCAGGUGCUCAACUGUCUGACCUUCAACGAGGAGCCCAAAAUGAAGGGCGAUAUCUGGAUGGAGAAUAACGGCUGCACCACAUGCGAAUGUGAUCAGCAGGGUGAGCGAUCCUGCAAGGCCACCCAGUGUCUGGAGCCGGAUUGUGAGAAUCCCAUUCAGAGAGAGGGCGACUGCUGUCCGGUCUGUCCCGCCGAACACGAAGAGGAACUGAUCAGACCCUCAAUAGCGGGCACCACCAGUGGACCACCAGUGGCUGUAAAUCACACCAGCAGCAGCAGCAGCACCAGCACCACUGAGAAGAUCGAGGAUACCACUGCGGCGAUGGUUGAUCCCUCGAAUGAAUAUUCCAGCACCGACACAACAACUACUGGUUCCGUUUCCUCGACCGAAAACGAGCCAAGUGAUGUUCCAUCAACCUCCAGCACGACGAUCGAUAGCUCCACUGAAAGCGACAAUGCCACGACCAUGGAGUCGUCGCCAGCCAGCGAGGGCCCCGUAGCCCCCCCGGACUUUGAUGAGUAUUCAAGUUUGGAUGCCAAUUCCACAAAGCCAACCACAGAUCUCACUGCAAGCUCUGACACUCCCGACGAAGGCAGCUCCACAGCCACCUCAGUCUAUGAAACCUCAACGGAUGCCUUCUCAAUGGAAAAAGAUCAGAUUACCAAUCCACACGAAACGGGGUCAUCCUCAAUUGAGUUCAAUAACGAGAGCACCCCCUCACAGAUGCUCGAUGAGAUUAGCACAGAGGAGACCGUGACCACAUCCACUGAAGAUCCGCUGCCAGAGGCGGCCAGCGAUCAUCCUAGCACAUCGGAGCCACCACCGCCGCCAGCACCCCUGUCGACCAGACUGGUUUCUGGAUCCAAUAACACGGACAGGACCACUCGCACAGUAUUGGAAGAUGCUGUGCCUGUGGAGAAGGAUGGUGUCAAGCGUUGGAUUUCGAUUCCCGGUGUUGUUGUCGGUUUUGUUGUCUUUUUCGUGUGUGUGUUUGCCAUGUUUUACUUUUGCUUUGUCCACAAGAAGCAAACCAAUGGCAAAAAGCAAAACACGGACUACCGUGAGGUAUCACAAGCCAAUCCACAGCCGUUGGGCAAUACGGGGCUAUCUCCAUUGCUAACGCCCAUCGGCAGUGAGCAGGUCAAGGAAGAAUUGCAGAACUAGCAUUUUUAUUGUGGUGCCUCUUUCAUCCUCUCUGCAGACUGAUUUUUGAUCUUACCCUCUAGUGGUCCCAUCCAUCUAGAACAAAUUAAACCAAAACAGUGGAAAAAGUCUGCAAUAGUGAUACGACAUAGAGAAGAGAGAGAGAGAGAGAGAGAUAGAGAGAGAGAAAUAACCUUAUCAGAUCCAUCAACAAAAAUGAAAACCGAACAGAACACACACACAUUUUCCGCCCAACUAGGGCAAGGAGAACCAUACAGAAAAGCAGACAUUGAAACCGAAACAGAAACGAAACGAAUCGAUGGACGAACGACAGCAACAGUUCCAGUAUCCAGUAUUUUUUAAGAAAAAAAAUACUCCGAAUUGACGGAGUCAAUAGAUCUUUCAAAUGUAUUUCUAUCCGAGAGCUGUUGGAAAAGUGUGCAAAGGUUAUUAGAUCUUAAGGCUAUGCUCAAAUUCCCAGAGUAAGAAUUAUGUUUAAGCCUCCAUUAAGAUAGUUUACGUUAUUUUCUGAUAACUCUAAAUAGCGAAAAGAAAAGAUAGACAAAACUGCAGGAAACUAAACGAAGAGAAGCGAAGGGAAAGAAAACGAGAUUGGAUUAAGUAUUAAAAGGCGGACUGUUUAGAUUGAUUGUAAAUUAUACUAUGAUUCCGACGUAACUCUCUAUAAAAUAUUAAAAAUAGCUUUGAGUGGUCGUCGUCGUCGUCGCACGUAACUUUAUUUUGGCAGCUGUCCCACAUACAAGGUUGUUUGCGGUUCGAUAAGAAAAACACAAUUUAAGGGUUUGAAAUACACUUUGUUAUUUAGUAUAGUCUUCCU